AUUUAAUUUCUGAAAAUAAAAAAUAAAUCACAGAGAUAGAGCGAAAUCUUCCCGUUGGAAUCUCCGGCGAUCUACUUCUCCUCCUCCUCCUCCUCCACAGGUUUUGUUGGCUAAUCCAGUUAUGACGGCCGCGAGGCUUGUGGCUUUCUUCCUCCUCGCCUUGGCUUUCUCCUCCGUUGUAUUCGCCGAUGCUGGAGUCGGCGGCGAGGAGUCUGCCGCAUCCGACGGCGGAGGUUUGUCGGUUUCCGAAAUCCGGCUUGAUCAGCUCAAUAUCAAGAUCGGUGCUCUAGAAUCCCAAAUUAAUGAGAAAACCGAAGAGCUUAAAGGCAAGGAGGAUUUGAUAGCAGAGAAGGAGAAAAUUCUCCAAGAAAGACUAGACAAGAUUUCUUCCUUGCAGGCUGAGGUCUCAUCAUUGCGGAAAAAGGGUUUAUCAGAUUCUACCGAACAGUUGGGAAAGGCUCAAGCCCGGGUUUCCGAACUAGAGAGUCAGAUUGAGACACUCAAGAAGGAGCUAGAGAAGAAAAACAAGGAGAAAGAAUCCACAGAAGCUAGGACUAGUGAGGCUGAGAAGAAGCUAAGUGAAUUAAACUUGAGACUGGAGAAACUUCAGGGAAAAAAUGAUGAGCAGAAGGGCAAAAUACGAAAAAUUGAGCGCGCUCUCCAAAUUGCUGAGGAAGAAAGAUUGAGGUUAAAGCAUGAAGCAACCUCGAAGAGCAAACAAUUGCAUGAGGUUCAUGGUGCGUGGCUUCCCCCAUGGCUUGCUGUUCACUCGAUUAAUUUCCAGACUUUUGCACAGACACACUGGAAUGCCCAUGGGAAACCAGCCAUGGACACAGUACUUCUAAAGGCAACAGAAGCUAAGGUUCGAGCUGGAAAGUGGGCUAAACCUCAUGUGGAAACAAUUAAAACUAAAUACUUCCCAGCUGCAAAGGAGGGAUGGGUCACUGUUACGACAUACAUUGAGCCACAUGUGCAAACUCUGUCCACUAAAGCUAAAGAGGCUUACAAAGUAUCCAAGACCGCUCUUACUCCACAUGUUGUCCAGGUUCAAGAAUUAGUAGACCCAUAUUAUCAGGAAGCUAAAAAGUUCACCAAACCAUACAUUGAUCAUGUGGCCACAGCUUCGAAACCUCAUGUUGAUAGAGUUAGGGUUGCCAUUAAACCUUACACGAAGAAGGUGACCCACGUCUAUAAAAAGUUUCUCAAGUCUGCCUCGACAUAUCACCAUCAGGUUCAAGGUAAGGUCGAAGAGACAUUGAAGAAACACGAGCUGACGGAGACUUUUGCGACUAAAGAGUUUGUUUGGUUCAUGGCGUCGGCAUUAUUGGCUCUACCGAUCUAUGUGGUGUACAAAAUCUUCUGUUCUCUUUUCUGCAAAAGGACACAGAAGCCUGCACAACACCCGCAUCACCAUGGUCGUCGUAAGGCCAAAAGAGGUCAUCAUUCGGACAAGUGAAGGACACCAUUGUGUGUUAUUCUCUAUUCCACGUGAAGAUACUACGGGUAUCUCCCGACGAGAAUGUCUGCCGCCGCCACGAGAGCCCAUAAGGUGUCAUGUCUGAUGUUUCUUGGAAUCUCUCUGCAGAAAAGUACUUUUCGCUCUUCCUUUACUAUUUCAUGUUUCUGUUCUUUCUUUUUUUUUGGGUGCAUCUGUGAGUGAGUAUAUAUAUUUAUCCCUUUCAUGUGGAUAGAUUUUAUAGUCACUGUUCUUUUUCUUUUGUACAAACCUCGAUAUAUAUUUUGGUUUUCGAAUUC